AUGGCGGCCCACUCAGACAACCUCAACACGUAUGACUCUGCACCCAGCGAGUCAAAGCCUGCAGUACCAGACUAUCUCGCCACACCAAAUGCCGUCUUUGGCGAUGAGGGCGUUCAAUGGCGAUACGGGAAGGCCCCAGAUUACAGCAAGACUCGCAAAGUAUGGGCAGAAGGGAAACGUAUGAACCACGAGCCAGGAAGUCUGCCAGAGAUGGUGGAGAACCUCGUCAAGAACUGGGAAGUCGAGGCAUCGUUCAAGCCAAGGUUGUCUGAUUGGCGCACAAUCGACCAUGAAAAUUACUCAUUUGCAAUGGGUGGUGGAGCUCCGCAGUCCGCAGCGCACAUGAUCCAGGUCGGUACAUACAAUGGUAUCAUUGCGCCCAAUGAAUACUACAGCCCCGAGAACUCAGACUUUGCCUCAAGCCACAAGACAUUCAAGCGUAUGAUGCCGACCUUUGCCUGGGAAGUGCUUGAGGUAUACAGCGGGCCGCCGCGAGUCGCAUUCAGGUGGCGGCACUGGGGAGUAAUGAAGAAUGAUUACGUGGGAUUCAACGACAAGGGUGAGAAAGUUACUGCCAAGGCUCACGGUGGUCUCAUCGACAUUCAAGGCGUGACGGUUGCCACAGUCGAUGACAAAGUGCGACUUCAGGAUCUACAGACCUGGAUGGACCCACUGGAGAUGUUCAGGCAAAUCGCACCCGGUGGUAUCGUGAACAAAACUACGAUGAAUCGCAAGGUCGACAAGGAAGCUGCUUUGGACGAGCCGGCUGAGACGGACAGCAAGGCCGCCCCAGAGAGACAGGAUGAAGAUAAAUCCUUCUCAGAAGCAGCCCGACCAAGACAUGUGCUCGAAAGCACCGGUAAGGCUGCCAGUGCGCCCGUGCUACAUGUUGGUACAGUGUCGCAGGAUCAGAAACACUUGCCCCUAGGUUCCGCUGUCGGUGACGAAAAGAGCUCUGAUCCUGCUGAGGACGUAACACAGGCCCAGUCACAAGACGUUUGGCAUGAUGCACAAGACACUGUGUCCGAGGUGCAGUCAAUCGUAGACACCGCUACUAGUCAGGGCGGGAAGACUGCAGUGAGCAAGCCUGCUUCCAAUUACCAAGAAGCGAAACACAAAGCGAAGGAUGGCGAACCACCUGCCAGCGAAGUCCAGAGCAACCCCAGGGAGAUGCCGCAGCAGCAUACGAGCAUUGCGCCACGUUCCAUGUACACCUCAGCGGUCACCGGCAACGAGGAUAAGAUUCUGGAGCCAGCACAGCGCGGUGAGAUGGUCGAUGAGUCCAAGGAGACCGGCGCUCGUGAUGGUGUCGAUGACUGUCUUGAGCGUUCAGCCGAAGAGGUCCAUCCUCAGCCCAAGGAGACUGAGAAGAAUGUGCAGCCCGAGGCGGGCGAGGCUGUCGCAACAGCUCCUGGGAGUGAGGAGACGAGGGCUACUUAUGAGGAGAUGAGCCGCAUUUCCGCCUCGGAGUGUCCGUUCUUGAUGAACCGCGAGUGA